UGGAAGAAUGACCUGUACUCACGAUGAAAACUGAAGGUGUUUUUUUUCAGCAUGUUUUUAUUUGGAUAACGCGUGUGUGUGUCUCGUAACAUGAAAAAAAGAAUGGAACUUGAAAGGAUAAACAGUGAAUAAUUCAAGUCGAAAUACGUAAAAUAUUAAUUAAUUAAAAUGGGUUGCUUUGGUGGAAAGGAUAAAAAGUACCACUGUACAAUUAUUUUGUUGGAUGAAACGGAGAUAACAGAAGAAAUUCAGGCAAGGACACGAGGGGAUGCUUUGCUGGAUAAAGUAUACAAGUAUUUAAAUUUAUUAGAAACAGCCUACUUUGGCCUCCGCUACCUAAAUAAAUCCGGUGAAUCGAGGUGGCUUGACCCCUUGCCGAAAGUAACAAAGCAGCUUAAAGGUUUAGCUCCUUUUACAUUGUACUUUGGGGUUAAAUUUUACGCAUCUGAUCCUUGUAAAUUGUUGGAAGAAGUAACAAGGUAUCAGUUUGUGCUCCAACUGAAGCAAGACAUUCUUCAAGGUCGGCUGCUAGUCACACCUGAUCUAGCUGCUGAGCUUUUUGCUCUGUCAUUACAAGCUGAACUAGGAGAUUAUGACCCAAGAAAGCAUCACAAGCUGUAUGUUUCCGAAUUUCGUUUUUUUCCUGAGCAAAGUCCUGAACUGGAGGACAAAGUUGAAAAAAUACAUAAAACCCUCCUAGGUCAAGUUCCUGCUGCAGUCGAAAUGACUUUUCUGGAAAAAGUGAAAUGGUUAGAUAUGUAUGGAGUCGAUUUGCAUCCAGUCAUGGGAGACGAUCAUGUCGAGUAUUUAUUAGGAUUAACGCCAAGUGGGAUAGUGAUCAUGAAGAAUAAAAGUAAAAUUAACAUUUACUUCUGGCCUAGGAUUAACAAAGUCUUCUUCAAAGGAAAAUAUUUUAUGGUUCGGGUUGUAGAUAAAGCCAAUGACGAGAUGACUUACGGGUUUUUAUUAGCAUCCAAAGAAAGUUGUGAAUAUUUGUGGAAAUGUUGCGUAGAGCAUCAUGCUUUCUUUAGGUUAACACAAGUCAAAGACUUAUCAGGGAAUCCUAUGCAAAUAUUUCGUCUUGGAUCCAAAUAUAGAUAUAGCGGAAGGACAGAGCAGCAAAUAAGACAUGACAUGAAACAGAUCAAAAGGCCGCCUCCAACCAUAGUUAGGGUACCAAGUAGAAGGUUCCAAAAACGAAUGGGAGAGCCAGACGGAGCUGAUGCUGAUGUGGAAGAAAAAGAAAACUUCAAGAAAAACAUCAUGUACGGUGUAAAAGAUGAUAUGGCUCUUUUCAGUAACGUUUGUCCCUCAACAUUGUAUCGAUCCGUAUCAACACCGGCUGUUCCUUUGGCUGUUGAAGCGAAAGAAAAUAUUUCGGAAGUGCCGCCUUGGGAAGAUCCAAACCAAAGAGGUCUCUUUUCCAGUCGCCAGUCCUUAGUCUCUUCUCGAGGUUCAGAGAGAAAAUCAAGUCAUAGGUGCCACCACAAAAGGUCUAGCUCCGUAGAAAGCCACAAUAGCACAGAUUCACGCAGAAGAAGGCAUCAUCGAAGCAAGAGAGGUUCAGACAACGAAAGUGACAUUUCGAAGUCUUCAAGAGGCUCCCGGGGUUCGCGGUCUUCCAGAAAUGGAAGUUCUCACAGAAAAGCCAGGAACCACAGUCGGGAAAGUGGAAGCGAUUCUGAUUCAUAUCACAAGAGCCGAAGAAGAAAGCAUAGUAGUCGAAGAUCUGGUAGCAACUACAAUCUGGUUGAUUCUGAGGUUCAAUGGAAAAUGGUGCAGAAACAACAGCGAGAGAAAGAAGCUUCAAAAUACCAGAGUGCAGUUGUGAGAGAUCUAUCAAACAGAAAAAGUGGGUACAUGAACUCCGGUAUUGAUACUGAAUCUGAAGCUCCCGUACAUCAUCGGAAGAAACACAGGAGGCACAGUCGAUCAAGGUCAAGAUCUCCUGAUAUGAAUCCAAUUGUACCUAAUGAAGUAAAAAGGCACAUAGAGUAUCAUUUAAUAGACGGAACCAAUUUGACUGAAGAAGAAAAACGAAGUAUUAAGUACACUAAAGUAGAAACUGAAGAUGUCAUGAAAAUUCGCUAUUCUCCAACAUCUGGUAGACCAAGGUAUAAAGUUGCUAAAGUAUCUUCAAGAACUUCUCUGGAGAAGUUACCGAGAAAAUCGAACUACGAAGAUGAUCCACCACCACCUUACUCUACUUUACUUCCCAGCGGCAAUGCCGUUCGCAAUGAUAGGCGAGCAUCAAGUGUUCUAUCUGCAACAUCUCCAACUUCUGAAAAAGAAAUUUCAGUUGGAAAAUCAAAUAUUGUUAGGUUAGGGAACAGUAAGAAUUCAAAUGGAUGUGCCAAUACUGCAAAUAUUGCUGAUAUUGCUCCCGAAAAUUCACAAGUGAAUAAUUACGUGCAAGAUCAUGCUAAACAUCGAAGAAGAAAGCAAGAGUUUAACGGCAAAUUAAUCAAGAAAAAUCGUGAUAUAAGCACGGAGCUCUAAGGAAAAUAACAUUCUGAAAUACCUGUACAUAUGGACAAUG